AUGGGCCGGGAUCGCGCCGCUUUGGGGGACGCUUUUGGGGCGUCGGCGAUGCUUGGCAAUCUCAUCUUCAACAUCGGUGACGUGAAUGCAACCGCAUCAAUGCAAACCCCGCAGUCACGUAAACGGCCUCGGCCUAUUGUCUCCUGUCUUCGAUGCAGGGAAAAGAAACUAAAAUGUGAUCGACUCAUGCCGUGUCAGAACUGUGUCAAGUCGGCCUGCCGCGCCGACUGCACCUACAACCAACAACCCGGAGCCGAGUCACAAUCCCCGCCAAAACGAGUCCAAUUGACAGAGGGUGAGCAUUAUCAGCGCACUAUUCCGGCGAUAGCGGGCGUCGGCAUCAUCGAAGAUCUGCAGAUGCGGGUUAUCAAGCUCGAGGAGCGCCUUGCCGGGCCCAAUGGGAACUGGGGGCCGAUCAGAGAUGCCCCCGUUCAGAGUUCAUGGCCCCAGACUGAUACAACUCAGUCAACUUCUCACUUCCUCGGGACUCUGGUGGUCAAGGGAUCUCGUUCCCGCUACCAUGGGCAGAACAACAGAACCACGCUACUCAACCAGUUCGCCGACGCGAAAACAUUCAUCAACCAAUGUUCCAGUGAUUCGGCUCUCGUGGGGUUGGCCAAAGAAGUCCAAUUUCUCCAGUCCAAGUCUCAACUGGUGAUGGCUUCGCCAGAGUCACUCUCUGGCUUAGACACAUUCCCCGAGAUGCAGCACUUGCUGAAUUCUCUUCCUCCAAAACCCGUUUGUGACCAACUGCUAGAGGUUUACACCAAGAUCUUCGAGAAGACUCUCAGAAUCCUCCACAUCCCUUCACUUCUACGCCAAUACAACGACUUUUGGGAUAACAAAGAAACCCACUCCUCCUCAAUAUCUUUCUUUGUUCCCCUCCUCACCUCAAUACUGACUGUGGCUGUUUCUUUCGAAACAUCACCACCUUUACCGGAAUAUUCAUCAUCAUGGGAGUAUUUGAUGCAAGAUGCACCAGAUCUUAUCUCAGACUGGCUGAAAAAUCUCCCGCGGAAGCAAACUGUCGAGUUGUGCUCACUUCAGGUUCAAACAAUCCACCUUCUCUCUUGUCAACUGCGCCUCGUGCCGGUCGAAGAACAAUGGAAAGCCAGUGGUGUACUCGUCCGAUCUGCCAUGACGAUGGGUCUUCAUGUCAAUCUGUCCCAAGCCACGAAUCUGUCAUUCUUCCAGGCAGAGAUCCGACGCAGGCUGUGGAUAACCAUCGUUGAGUUGGACCUCCAAGCAUCCAUCGCGUCGGGCAUGCCUGUCAUGACCCCAGCUCUUGACUUUGGCCCCCUGACUCCCAACAAUCUCAAUGAUGAAGACUUUGACGAGUCCACACCCAACCGGCCAUUAUGCAAGACCUUGGACGAAGAAACCGAUUCCUCCGCUCAAAUAAUCCUGGCUACUUGCCUGUCUCAACGGAUCAGAGCCAUGAACAUGGCACAGAACACAAACGCGCGUGAAAACAUUGAAGAGCGCGUCAAGCAGGGACGUGAACUCGAGGAGUAUUUACUUAGUGUGUCACCCCAUCUGAGGUUAAAACCUGAAUUGGGGAGCCAGGAUCCCUCACUUGUUUUCCAACGCGUCCUCCUUGAUAUUUCUCUUCGCCGUCCUCUUCUCUGCCUUUACCGACCUGUGAUCACCAAUGCCCCGAAUAAUAGCAGUGACACUUCAUUCUACGAAGUCCAACGCGUAUGCCUUGACUCCUCAUUGGAAAUUUUAUCCUAUCAAGAUUAUUUUGAUCCCAACAUCUCCGAUAUUGAGGUCUCCAAUUUGAACACGUACUGGAACGCGUUCGGCAUACUCUUUCAAAAUGACAUCCUCUUGUCUGCUCUCAGCAUUUGCGAACACAUGAGACUCUCCAAUCAACGUUCCACCAUCCACUCUCCAUCCAACGAUGUGUCAUCGGAAACCCCUUCCCACUAUGAGACACACACCAAAGCAAGUCUGAUCCGUGUUGUUGAGAACGCGCUCGCCACGCUGACGCGUCGUAUCGGUGAGAAAAACAGCAACAUGAAAGACAUUCUCUUCCUGGCAGUUGUCCUCCACUCAGUACGUGCCCGGGGCACAGCUGAACAACGAGUUCGGACCAUCUCCCAAGGAGCGAAGAAGGCACUGUCGGCAUGUCGACAACAUCUACUAACCUCGGCUGCGGAACAGUCGAUUGGACUCCAGCUGGCGGACUUUGUUCAAUUGAUUCAGUCCAACGAGUCUAUCAUCCCACCUGGCAGUCAGCCACAAUUACCUCCCACUUCUCAGAUGCCAGACCUGUCACAAUCAUCUUUACUUGCGAAUGAGUUCAACAACUUCGAGAUGGAUGUGUUCUCCUUUGAUGAUGAGUCGUUUACGUGGACCAUGUGA